UGGAUCAGCUGCGCGCUCGCAGUAGUCUGUGAGUCCCUUCCCCCCUCGGCCUGGCUGCUGAUGAGAUGAGUGGAAGAUGUCGGUGUCGGGGCUGAAGGCCGAAUUAAAGUUCCUGGAGUCAAUUUUUGACCCAAACCAUGAACGAUUCAGAAUAAUCGACUGGAAGCCUGAUGAACUGAGCUGCCAGUUCAAUGUGACGGGAGAAAAGCUGCUGAUUAUUCACUGCAACAUCACGGAGUCUUACCCUUCAACCCCACCAAUAUGGUUCGUUGAUUCAGAUGACCCAAGUCUGACUGAAGUCCUUGAACGACUGGAGGAUGUAAGAAAAGGCAAUACUUUGCUCCUACAGCAGCUGAAAAGGCUGAUCUGUGAUUUAUGCCGACUCUAUAACCUGCCCCAGCAUCCUGAUGUGGAGAUGCUGGAUCAGCCACUUCCUGCUGGACCCAUCGGUCAAGACAAGAAGCAUGGAACAACAGAUGAAGUGACAUCAGAAGAAGAGGAGGAAGAGGAAAUGGCAGAGCAGGAUAUUGAAGAUCUAGACCACUAUGACAUGAAAGAGGAGGAACCGGUCGAUGGGAAAAAGUCAGAGGACGAUGGCAUCGAGAAAGAGAAUCUGGCCAUUCUGGAGAAAAUCCGAAAAAACCAGAGGCAGGACCACUUGAACGUAAGUGUGCAUUCGGGUGCGGUGUCCGGUUCAGUUCAGGCCUCUGACCGCCUCAUGAAGGAACUCAGGGAGAUCUAUAGAUCACAGAGUUAUAAGACAGGUAUCUAUUCAGUGGAGUUAGUCAAUGAUAGCCUGUAUGAGUGGCAUGUCAAGUUAAGGACGGUUGACCCAGACAGUCCGUUACACAGCGACUUGCAGGUUUUGAAGGAAAAAGAAGACAUGGACUACAUUCUGCUCAAUUUCUCUUAUAAAGAUAACUUUCCUUUUGAUCCUCCCUUUGUACGGGUUGUGUCUCCUGUCCUGUCUGGAGGCUAUGUUCUUGGAGGAGGAGCCUUGUGUAUGGAGCUACUUACAAAACAGGGCUGGAGCAGUGCCUACUCAAUAGAGUCAGUCAUCAUGCAAAUCAAUGCCACCUUAGUCAAAGGGAAAGCCAGAGUGCAGUUCGGAGCAAAUAAGAAUCAAUACAACCUUGCCAGAGCACAACAGUCGUAUAAAUCAUUGGUUCAGAUUCAUGAAAAGAAUGGCUGGUACACACCUCCUAAAGAAGAUGGCUAGGAAACGCAUUGAUCCGCUUGCACACUGCAAACAUGGGAUAUCUGGUCAAACCUUUGCUUUAUUUUACUAAUGUUUUCACAUCUUCAGCUUGAGUAUGAUGCCCCCUCGUGUUAGUGGAAGCCAUUGGGGAAACGUUUGCCCUCUCGCUGUCUGGAAUGCUCAGAAAUUUGCAUCGUCCUUUAUCUUCUGCAAGGCUGGACUUUUUGACCAGAUCCCAUGAUGUCUGGAUUUCUGUCUGUUUCUCAUGCUCUCUCUCUCUCUCUCUCUCUCUCUCUCAUCUAUUGUCUUAUAUACCGAUGGGACAUUCAGAGCCUUGGUACUAAUAAGGCAUCUAACAUGGCGUUUCCGAAUGGUGUGAUCAGAAGUUUUUUUUUUUUUCCUCUCUCUUCUUUUUGUUGCUUCCUCACUUUGACUGGAGCAUGGCUCUGUUCAGGAUUAUUACAUAGAUGGAGAUGCUCAAUGAAGAUGCUGGAUCUGAUCCUCUCUGUCUGCUUUUAAAGGACGUUCUUAUGGCCAUGGACUUUAAAUGGUGGUUUACUGAACUUAAAACAGGAUAUGGAUGCAACUAGAGACAAUGUGAAGACAAUGUGCCACUGCUCUUGUAUCUAUCAAGACUUUUGUUCCCCUCAUGCAUUCUGAGUUAACCUGUACUGGUACAUUCAAUGCUGAUGUUGUCAAAAAAUCGUUACUUGCCACAAUUAUAUGCGUAAGCUUCCUAAGCAACUCUUAUGUUAAUGAUGAUAACUGCAAGGAUGAGAGGAUGGGCGAUUAUACGACCCUAGCCCCAAAUCUCGUUUUUCCAGCUAAUGAUGAAUUCCACUCAGUGGCUGAUCUGACCAAUAAUGGACAAAUGCGAGCUUUGGCUUUGAAAAAGCGAAACAGAACUUGCUGUCGCUCCAUAGUUGAACAGAGCUCCACUUGUAUACUUGUAAAUGGAUUUGAGGAGUCUUAAAUGUGGUGUUUAUGUGAAGUGGGGGAAUUAUCCGAGUUGUUCUCAUGUGAGGACUUGGGGACUCGAAAUGGGGGAAAAGGUUGAUGUUUCUCAAAAUAAAGGGGGUAAUAUCUUAAAAAUUGUAUUUAUGUAAGUGAUAUGAACAUAACGUUUUUGUUCCCACCCUUAAUUGUCAUUUUCAUAAUUUCUGCUCCAUUAAAAAACAGCUGUUACAGAUUGAGACAUUUGAGGUUUACAUUACUAAUGGGCCUCUCAGUACUUAAGAGUUUGCUGUCAGUUUUAUUCCGUGAGCAUCGAUGGAUUAAAAGAGCGCAAAUAAUACUUUUCUCAUAGCACAACACUACAAGACCACGGUCUCUUUCCAAGCCUGAUGGACAAUUGUCACAAAACUCAAGGCGUUGUUUAUUUUACCUCUUGGAUCUGAACGUCCAGUAUAAAGUCUUAAGAAUGGUCAAUGCUUCAAGGUUCAUGGCGAAUGGUGAAAUACACCAUACCUCCCAUCUUUUUUGUCUUUGUUUUGCGGUGUAUUAUAAAAAGUGGCUGUCGAAGACUUCGCAUGUUUCAUUGAAAACUCAGGAAUAUCCAUUCUGUUUGAAAACCUUUUUUCUGUCGGUUUGCUCUACCUAUCCACUUAAAAAACCUUCUCUAGUUCAAAGAAAAUGAUUUUAACAGCUUCCCUUGGUCGCUAUUAAGUAUUUUAAGAUGGGGCUUGGUUUCAUCGUAAGAAGUGUUAAAGAUCAAUGGUGAUUAUAUAACUCUGGCUAUAAAAAUGUUUAUGAUUUCCUUUGUUUACUGAAUUUAUGUGCUCCGUCAAAUGUAACUAAUAUUUUUGUUGUUGUUCCUCAUCCCUCCGACUUCAGCUUUCAGUUGUAAAUAUUCUGGGACAUUUGGGUUUAGUAUUCACACAGAAUGUUGUGAUUGUUCCUCUUGGCUCGUCCUGAGUUUGAACUUCGUCCCAUAACAGGCAGGCUCUUGGAUAUGUGAAUCUUUAAUAUGGAUGCAAAUGUAAUCUUUAACUCCAGUCACAUGUAAAUGUAAUUCAAGAGAGCCACUGCAGCAGGAAUGUCUCGAAUAACUCAAGUAUCUGCUUUGCAAGUUAUUGCUGCUGUCUUGUUUCAGAAAUGUGCUUGGUCUUGGGUUUUCUUUGGUGAGAUUUGAAAAAGCAGACCUCUCUAAAUGGUGUUUCCUCAGAGGUCUAUUCAUCUCAAGAAGUACAUCUGCGUUCGAGUUGCUGAUCUGGGCUUGUCCACAUUGACCAAGGUUUCUGUAACUGAUGAGUCGUUCUUCUGUUUCCUCGUCCGAACAGUAAUGACUUGUUUUUGUUUUUCACCCUGGACGUGAACCUCACCGUAACCAAUAACAGAACUCGUCUCUGGUGCCAUCUCAUGGAAUAGCUCUUGAAGCUCACACUGUUGGCAUGCUUUCUUGUUUUUUUUUGUUAGGCUUUUCCAUUACAAGAGAAUUUUGACCAUGUACAGUAUAUUUGUAAACUUGCAUCAAGUUUAUGAAUAAAGAAUUUUACGAGGA